GCUCCUUCUCUCUCCGCUCCUUCUCUCUCUCUGCUCCGUCUCUCUCUGCUCCUUCUCUCUCUGCUCCUUUUCUCUCUCUGCUCCUUCUCUCUCUCUGCUCCUCCUCUCUCUGCUCCUUCUCUCUCUGCUCCUUCUCUCUCUGUCUUUUCGUCUGCCUUUUGGUCAGUCUGUAAUCCUAACCUGUGUCUCUCUCCUUCUCUCUGUCCCCCAGCGGAUGACGGUUGUGGGGGAACGUUGCGAGGCCAGAGCGGAGUGAUCACCAGCCCCAACUACCCAGGGGAGUACAGCAACAAUGCGGACUGUACCUGGACCGUCCUGGCUGAGCCUGGAGACACUAUCGCCCUGGUCUUCUCUGACUUUACACUGGAGGACGACUAUGACCUGCUGGAGGUCAGCGGCACAGACGGACCCUCUCAGUGGUUCACUGGUCCUAACCUACCAUCUCCGGUCCUCAGCAGUAAGAACUGGCUAAGACUACACUUUACCUCUGAUGGAAACCACAAGCUGAGGGGGUUCAGUGCCCAGUACCAAGUGAAGAAGAUGACAGAGCUGAAGUCCAGAGGAGUCAAGAUGAUGCCCAGUAAAGACAAUCACCACAAGAUAUCAGUGUUGUCUCAGAUGGGAGUGGCCCAGGGACACAACAUGUGCCCAGACCCGGGGAUCCCUGACCGAGGGAGAAGAAAAGGAUCGGACUUCAGGCGAGGUGCCACGGUGCACUACUCCUGUGAUGAGGGUUAUGAGCUGCAGGGAUCUAAGAGCAUCAGCUGUCUGAGAGUCACAGACAGCUACGUAGGCUGGAGCGACGACCGACCCAUCUGCAGAGCUCCUAUGUGUGGUGGUCAGCUGAGAGGCCCUAACGGCAUCAUCGCCUCACCAAACUACCCCGUCCAGUAUGACAACAAUGCUAACUGCACCUGGGUCAUCAGCGCCACAGACACCACCAAGGUGAUAAAAGUGACCUUUGAGGACUUUGACCUGGAGCGUGGUUACGAUACGUUGACGGUUGGAGAUGGAGCCGUGGUCGGAGACCAGAAGACCGUCUUUCACGUCCUGUCAGGGACCACUACUCCAGACCUGGUGGUCAGCACCAGUCAUCAGAUCUGGCUCAACUUCAAGACUGACGACACCAGCGGCUCUCUGGGCUUCAAGGUGUCUUAUGAAGAGAUCGACCAGGGCAGCUGUGGUGACCCAGGGAUACCGGCCUACGGCAAGCGGGAGGGGACAGGUUUCCGCCACGGGGACAGGCUGCACUUUGAGUGUCUCCCUGCCUUUGAGUUGGUGGGGAAGAAGAACAUCACCUGCCAGAAGAACAACCAGUGGUCAGCCAAGAAACCCAGCUGUGUCUUCUCGUGCUUCUUCAACUUCACAACGCCGUCUGGGGUGCUGCUGUCCCCUAACUACCCCCAGGAAUACGGAAACAACAUGCACUGUGUGUGGCUCAUCAUCACCAAGCCAGAGAGUCGGAUCAACCUGGCCUUCAAUGACCUCAGCAUGGAGAAACAGUUUGACUUCCUCAGCGUCAAAGACGGUGGCAAGGCUGAGUCUCCCAUCCUGGGUACGUUCUCUGGUGACGUGCUGCCAGCUCCCAUCACCACCAGUGCCCACGUGGCACGCCUAGAAUUCCUGACUGACCACACCUACACAGACCGGGGGUUCAACAUCACCUUCACCACGUUCCGCCACAACGAGUGUCCGGACCCGGGCGUUCCAGUGAAUGGGAAGAGGUUUGGUGAGAACCUUCAGCUGGGCAGCUCCAUCUCCUUCCUGUGUGAGGAGGGCUUUGUGAAAACCCAUGGCUCCCAGACGGUCUCCUGUAUCCUGAAGGAUGGAAACGUGGUGUGGGACAAUGCUGUGCCACGCUGUGAAGCUCCGUGUGGAGGUGAUCUGAAGGCUCCUAGUGGCAUCAUCCUGUCCCCUGGUUGGCCAGAGCUCUAUAAGGAGGCUCUUAACUGUGAGUGGGUCAUCGAGGCUCUGCCAGGAUACCCCAUCAAGAUCAUUUUCGACAAGUUUCGUACUGAGGUGAACUAUGACGUGCUGGAAGUGCGUGACGGCCGGUUCCCCUCCUCGCCUCUGAUUGGUAGUUACCAGGGUACCCAGGUGCCCCAGUUCCUCAUCAGCACCUCCAACUUCCUGUUCCUUCUCUUUUCCACCGACAAGAGCCACUCGGACAUCGGCUUCCGCAUCCGUUACGAGACUCUACAGCUACAGUCAGAUCACUGUGUCGACCCUGGCAUCCCCGUCAACGGCCAACGCCACGGCAACGACUUCUACGUGGGUGCCUUGGUAACGUUCAGCUGUGACGCAGGGUACUCCCUCAGCGAUCCGGAACCCCUGGAGUGUGAACCAAACUUCCAGUGGAGUCGACCCCUGCCCAGCUGUGAUGCGUUGUGUGGAGGUUAUAUUCAGGGUAACACCGGUACCAUCCUCUCUCCGGGGUUUCCAGACUUCUAUCCUCACAACCUCAACUGCACCUGGAUGAUAGAGUCCUCCCACGGCAAAGGUGUCCAGUUCACCUUCCAUACAUUCCACUUAGAGUCUCCCCAUGACCACCUGUUGGUGACAGAGAACGGCAGCUUCCCCGAGCCCCUGUGGAGACUAACGGGCUCAACACUGCCCCCCACCCUCAGCGCAGGCCUGUAUGGGAACUACACCGCUCAGAUACGCUUCCUCUCAGACUUCUCUGUCUCCUACGAAGGAUUCAACAUCACCUUCUCAGAGUAUGACCUGGAGCCUUGUGAAGACCCGGGCGUUCCUCCCUACAGUACCCGUAAGGGGUUACAGUUCGGGGUGGGGGACGGGCUCAUCUUCUCCUGUUUCCCUGGUUACCGUCUGGAGGGGCCGGCGAGGGUGACGUGUCUCGGUGGGCGGAGGAGGGUGUGGAGCUCCCCUCUGCCAAGGUGUGUUGGUAGGUGGUCACAUGAUUUCAUUUGGCUUUGGUCACCCCCCGUCCCCGUCCCAACCGACCUCACCUCAUCGACACCUCGCACAAUUAUAUACUGUACAUCAAUUUAUACCCACCUCAUGUUCACUUACAUCCAUCCAGAAGACUGUCCUGUAAAACACUCCAAACAUCCUUCAAUACAACUUGAUAUAUACCGUCACGUACCCCGAUACAAACUAUCAUACAGUUUUAUACCGCCACGUACCCCGAUACACACUAUCAUACAGUUAUAUACCGCCACGUACCCCGAUACACACUACCGUCACGUACCCCGAUACACACUAUCACACAGUCAUAUACCGUCACGUACCCCGAUACACACUAUCACACAGUUAUAUACCGUCACGUACCCCGAUACACACUAUCAUACAGUUAUACACCGCCACGUACCCCGCCACUUAAAUAGAGACCCUCAGCGGUCCCGUUCUGUGUUUGAUGGCAGUAGUAACCAGGCUCGUCUGUUGGGUGUGUUCUCUGGGACUGAGCUGCAGGAAAACACUCUCAACUCUACAUCCAGCUCCAUGUGGCUGGAGUUCGUCAGUAACGCAGACAACACCAGCAAGGGCUUUGAGCUACACUUUACCAGUUUUGAGCUGGUGAAGUGUGAGGACCCGGGUGUUCCUCAGUUUGGUUACAAGAGAGAAGAUAAGGGUCACUUCGCUGGCAGCACCGUGUGUUAUAGCUGUGACCCAGGAUACACCCUGAAGGGACCCCAGAUCCUGACCUGUUUGAGGGGGGAGAGGAGAGCCUGGGAUAGCCCCCUGCCCCUUUGUGUCGCGGAGUGUGGGGGAACCAUCAAGGAUGAGCCUACAGGUCGAAUAUUGUCUCCAGGUUACCCAGCUCCAUAUGAACAUAACCUGCACUGUGUCUGGAGCAUCGAAGCGGCCCCAGGAAGCACUAUAGGUCUCCACUUCCUGGUAUUCCAUACGGAGGAGGUUCACGAUGCGUUGCGUAUCUGGGACGGUCCCCAGGACGGAGGGGUCCUCCUGAGGGAGCUCAGCGGCUCGACCCUUCCUCCUGACGCCCACAGCACCUUCAACGCCAUCAGCCUCCAGUUCACCACCGACUUCUUCACAUCCAAACAGGGCUUCGCUCUGCAGUUCUCUGUGUCUACUGCUACGUCAUGUAAUGACCCGGGUCUGCCCGCCAACGGAACCCGUAGUGGUGACAGCAGGGAGCCUGGAGACCAUGUCCUGUUCUUGUGUGAUCCCGGUUACGUGCUUCAGGGGGCCACCAAGAUCACCUGCACAGAGAUCAACAGCCGCUUCUUCUGGCAGCCUGACCCCCCCACCUGCACAGCUCCGUGUGGGGGGAACCUGACGGGCCCCACUGGGCUGAUCCUGUCCCCAGAGUACCCCGAGCCGUACCCCCACGGGCGGGAGUGUGACUGGACCGUCUCUGUCACCCCUGACUACGUCAUCGCACUCAAUUUCAACCAAUUCAGUCUGGAGCCCAGCUAUGACUUCCUCCACAUCUAUGACGGCCCUGACUCCCUCCACCCUCUGUUGGGGAGUUUCUACGGGUCUGACGUCCCCGACCGCAUCGAGAGCAGUUCCAACACUCUCUUCCUCGCCUUCCGCAGCGACGCGUCGCUCAGCAGCAACGGCUUCAUCCUGCAGUACACAGAGAACCCUAGAGAGUCAUGCUUUGAGCCAGGGGUGGUGAGGAACGGUACCAGGGUUGGAGCUGAUCUGAAGCUGGGUUCAACCACCACCUACUACUGUGAUAGUGGAUAUACUCUGGAGGGAGAAGCCACUCUGACCUGCGUCAUGGGGUCAGACAGCAAGCCCUCCUGGAACAAACAAAAACCCAUCUGCAUAGGUAACGUACCGAGAAGAAUAAUACAAAACAAAAUGGAGAAAUCAAUGAUUGAGUCAGAAAACACUCUCAACAUACCAACAUCCUGUUGUAAACAAUUGUUCUUAUUGACUCACUAUAUAAGUAAAAAAUAUAUUUUUUUAAUGAAAGUAAUAAUCUCUGCAAAUCUGCAUAGCGCGUUGUGUACUUGA